AUGGAUCCGCAAUCCGCCCUCGCACACACCUCGGCCCUCUUCGCCCGCGCCGACUCCGACAGCCGCCCGCCCGUCUACAAAGCAGUCGGAAUCUCACUCGCCGUUGCAUCAGGCGUAUUUAUCGGCGUCUCCUUCGUGCUGAAGAAAAUCGGCCUCCUCAAAGCAAACGUCAAAUACAAUGAAGAAGCAGGCGAAGGAUACGGCUACCUGAAAAAUGUCUGGUGGUGGACGGGAAUGACCCUGAUGAUCGUGGGCGAGAUCUGCAACUUCGUUGCAUACGCCUUCGUCGACGCAAUCCUAGUAACACCACUAGGCGCUCUAUCCGUGGUGAUAACCACGAUCUUAUCAGCAAUAUUUUUAAAAGAACGACUCUCCUUUGUUGGAAAGGUGGGCUGUUUCUCGUGCAUUAUCGGGGCUGUGGUGAUUGCCAUGAAUGCGCCCGAGCAGUCGUCUGUCAGCAAUAUCCAGGAGAUGCAGCACUUUGUUAUAGCUCCCGGAUUUUUGUCAUAUGGCGGCGUCAUUCUGCUGGGUUCAUUGAUUACUGCGCUCUGGGUGGGCCCCAGAUACGGCAAGAAGAGCAUGUUUGUCUAUAUCAGCAUUUGCAGCAUGGUUGGUGGGUUGAGCGUGGUUGCGACGCAGGGUCUUGGGUCUGCUAUUUUGGCUCAGAUUAAUGGCGAGUCGCAGUUCAAGCAUUGGUUCCUUUAUGUUUUGUUGGUCUUUGUGGUUGGGACGCUGCUGACGGAGAUUAUCUAUCUCAACAAAGCUUUGAAUCUCUUCAACGCCGCUCUCGUCACUCCGACCUACUAUGUCAUGUUUACCAGCUCCACCAUCGUCACUUCGGCUGUGCUGUUCCAGGGGUUCAAGGGUUCUGGUAGUGAGAUCGCUACAGUCAUCAUGGGCUUCCUGCAGAUCUGCUCCGGUGUCGUUCUCUUGCAGCUGUCCAAGUCUGCUAAGGAUGUUCCUGAUGCCGCUGUGUUCAAGGGUGAUCUGGACCAGAUUCGCGAGGUUGCUACGCAAGAGGAGCCCGAGUACGAGCCCAAAGCGGACUCCAUCCGAGGCGCAGCAUCUAUCCUCCGUCGGAUCUCGACUACUCGUCGUGAUGCGGAGGCUGUUGAGGCCCGGCGCUUUGUUCAAGAUAAGCAUGAAGACUAUCUCAGGCCACCCGGUGCGAACGAAAUCGUCGAAUGGGAUGGCAUUCGCCGACGUAAGACCGUCAUUGGUGAAGGCCCUACCAUGUCUCGACCGGCGAAUUCGCGCUCGCCAUCGAUCAAGCAACCGCUGCCGCCCUUGGGCAUGUCGCGGUUCCCCGACCCCGAAGAUGAAGAGGAACACCGACCCGGCACUAAUCAAAGUGGACACUCUUUCCUCAGUGAAAUUCGCUCACGAGCAGGGAGUGUGCUUCAUCCUCAGUGGCGUCCCGUGCACAAAAAUGAUGAGAGAUACCUUAACUCGACCAAUACACCUGUGACCAUGACCGAGAUGACAGGGGGUGCCGUCGACACUGAGUACCAUGGCGCUGGUAAUGAAGAACAGGGAGCUCCUUUCCGUCCCCCUGGACGAGGGCGCAGCGACACGCCCCGGUCUAUCCACUGGGCCGAUGAGAAGGGAGCCGAUGACCAUCUUUCCGAGUCUCCAGUCCAUGCUGCGCAACGCCAAUUCUCCUUCAAUAACAUGUUCAACCGCAUCAGAAAUGGCAGCCAGAACUCCCCCAAGGCCCCUACGAGUCCAACCCGAGGUAUCCUACGUCGGACGCACCUUUCAGGAGGCGACCUGCGCAAUUCUGCAACUGAAGAGGAGCGACUUGGCCUGGUGAAGGGUGACUCGCGCACUACUCAGCCGGGAGAGACAUUCGGCGAGAAGCUGGACCGCUGGUCUAGCGGCGAAUCUGACCUCGCCGAAGUGCCACCCAUGCACCCUGGCCGUCCCCACGGAGACUCCGUAUCGAGCAUGUCCACGUCUGCCUUCCCAGCAUACGAGGAUAACCAUGCGCUCUACUCCCACGCCAACGUCUCAAACCCCUACUACCUUCCACCCAGCCGGCAAGCGGCCGCAUCGCCAGAGCAAGUCGACGAGCACGAAGGCUAUCAACAUCCUCCUGGCAGCCGCAACCGCACCAGGACCAAUUCGUCUCACAUCCGCGCCCCGCCACCCUCCCAAUCCUCCUUCUCCACCCACCGCCAUCCCAACCCUCUCCCUCCUCUUCCAGACGAGAGGGCAUUCAGCGGUGAAACAUCGGGCCUGAGAUCCGCUUCUAACGUCUCGUCCGAUAUGGGGGCCUCGAUCCCUGCAUCCACCGAAGCCCGAGACGAUGACCACCAUGCCCAGUCCCCUCCUGGCUCUGGCUCUCCAACACGUCGACACAGUGGCUGGCGCCGGCAUAUCUCCGAGCCCAGCAGUGUCGACGGAGAGGCAAACCCGGAGCGUAAACCUGGGAAUGGCGGAGCGUUCGUCUGA